UCCCCAGAACAUACGACCUGUCCGAUUCUCUGCAUCAUCCAUGGUUGUGAUCCACCAUCGACUUGCGGGGCAGCGUGCACGCCAUUCAACCAUUCCCCAACCCAUAUCUGCCAACCUCUGACCCGCCCCUCUCUAACAGCCAAGCCAUGUUCAUGUUUAAUAAGAACAACGCCGUACCGGGCUCAAGUGAGUCGUCUGUGGACUCCCUGGUCACCGUCCCACCAGCUUCGACCUCCGCUUCCGAUGUUUGCCAGUCCUCGGAUGCUUCAUCUUACGGGGACCUACCUUCGCCUGAGCAACAAACAAGAGCCCACCUCAGCAAGAGGACCUCCGUCUUCAACCUCCGCUCGAGGAGUAACACGGCCACCUCAACCGCCUCAUCCUUCGUCUCUGUCGCUUUACCCAUGGCGGGACUGGAGAGUUCGUCGCACCGCACCUCGCAAGACCUCCGCCAUGUGGCCAGCCAAAGUUUCUUGGAAACGCAUAGAAAGAAGCAGUCGCUGUUUCGAGGAAAGAAGGGCAAGAGGCUGAGCGGCUCGCUUUCCCCGACCUUCAAUAUGGAUGAGACUGCCGAAGCUGAUACUGGAAGCAAAAGGAUCUCGGUCCUAAGGAAGAACCGAAGGCAUACCAAUCAGUCUGAAAGCUCUUUUCAUAACCUCAAAAACCGAAUUUCCAGACCCUUCGAUUUCCAACAUUUGACACACACCGACCGAAACCAAUUUCCCGCCUUAGAACAAGCCUCUGAAAACGAUCUCGUAGCCGAAUUCUGGGCGGUUCGCGCCUCACAAGCUCCCCGUCGCGACCUUACUGGUAUAAAGGCUGAAGACCUACACUUGUACAACUUCUCGACGGAAAAUCUGGCUUCCGAGUCACGGUCAACCUCCUCUUUGGCAUUCAGGUCGCCGCCUGGCAGCCCUGAGCCGUACGAGGGGCAGCUGCCUAGCGGCUUCGCGGAAGAAUCCAACGGCCAGUCGCUUCGCUUGAUCAGAUCAGUGGAAAGUUUCUCGAGGCCGGGAAUCAACCCUCGCGCCCAUCGUCAUACGCAGUCGGCCAAUCCACCGCCUCGGGUGUCCUCCCGUGUGGCAUUGGCACCCAUUCAUGACGUCCCAGAAGAGGCGGUCGACAACCACGAACCCUUCCACGUUAUGAGAUCGCAAUCCAACCGGCAGUCGGGGAUGUGGGACUAUUUCAUCCCAUUGAGCCCCACAAGCUCUCGCGGACAGCUCCCGCCUAUGGCCGAGGAGUCGGAAUAUGUUGCGCAUGCCUUCACCACUCCUGAUGAUUCAGCAAUCCACCCCAUGACCCCGCCGUUCAGUCCUGGCCUUGACCAUGUCGCAGAGGAACCAGAACGAUUCAUCAGCCCUAGACCAGCGCCCCGACCCCCUGUCAGAUCUCCCAGGUCUCCAAAGUCGCCUGCCUUUGAGUCAUUUGCCUUCAGCAAUCAACGAUCUCCAAUAUCGAGAUCACACAACCGGAAAAGCUCCUACACUUCUCCCAAGUCGUCCAACCAACGAAGCUCCAUGAUCCGCCCCAUGUCCCAAAUGUCGGAUACCUUGGGCUCGCCUGGUGUCACCCGAAGGACCUCCGUUCGUCGGGCUUCAUCAUCCCGCAGGAAGUCUAAUACGUGGCGGGUCAUCGAAGAGUCGUGGGAGGACGAUGUUGAUUACAUCUACGACAAUGCGCUUGAAGCUGAUUGUGAUUUUGAUUGGGACUGCACGUCUGAUGGUGGAUCCUUCGAGGACAGGGAUCGGACACCAGAGCAACAGGAUCACCAGCCUUCCUCCGCUACUAGAUCGCACCACACUCGCGCGUCUUCUUCGAUAGCCGAAGAAGAGCCGACUCUGCAGACGAGGUUCUUUCCGGGUCCCUUCGCUCCGUCCCUGCGAGUGCCGAGUGCCAAUAAUGUCCCAGAGCUAGAGUCCCGGUCGGCCGCCUCUGCUUCGACCGCUGAUACCGGUGUGCGGACGCCCUCCGACUUCUUCGGUGCUCCCUCUCAGGACGAGGAAGGCUUCCACCUCAAUCCUUCUCUUCUUGUGCCGCAUGACUACAAAGACCAGGUCUCACGCGAGGAUAUGUAUGAUGAUCUCCUUGCCGACUACGAGGGCUUUGACCGCCAUUUCCCGCUGCUCGAUGCAAGCCGCAGCGUUGCUAGCUCAACGCGUAGCAGCCACGUCCGCUCCAGCAAGCGCAGCUCCUAUGACAGCAGCUUGAUGUCUAGUGGUCAAGCGUCGGGGUCUUGGACUUCGGGUAUCCGACGCUCUGCGAGCUCGUCGGGCAGCCUUCCAGAGCUGGUCCACUCCCGACGCGCUCGUCGAGAUUUCAACAUGAUGGUUGACCAUCUCUCCGAGCAGGUCGCCUCUUUCUCGGCUUUCGGCGAGGAUGAUACCGAAGAGAACGAAGACGAUACAACCCCACCAGCACACGCUUCUCCCGAUAGGACUUUCUUCACUGCUGAUGACGAACCACAGCAGGAUGACGAUGUCCGCGCCUCGAUCGAGCUGGAGGUUAGGGCCUCCCUUGAGCUUGCCCGACAAGGUUCCACUCGCUCAUCUCGGGCUCCGGCCCACUACCACAAGUACGCCUCUUCAGAUGGUGCAGCCAAGCUGCUCGCUUCUCCUUUGCCACCGACGCCAGAGCCGCGUCCCUCAAGAUCCCACAUUCGAGCAACAAGCUCAAUCACUGCACUCCGAGGAAAGCGAGACCAGUAUCUCAGUCUCUUUCCCACACCACCGACGCACUCGCCACUUCCUUCACCCUCUACUGCUUCCGAGAGCGCAUUCAACCGCUUUUAACCGAUCACAUCGAUCACCGGCGUCCUUUCUAGUCACUACUUUGUACUUCUACGGUGCUAAAUCACCACUGCAUCGCGCCCAGGUGGCCACUCGAACGACGGCCGGGCCAAACUUCGAUUCUUACGAUGUCAAUGACUUUGCAUACCCUUCAUGUAGAUAUUCACGAUCACGACGGUCGGAUUGGAGCAUUCUUCAUUUCUGUCUCA